UAUUCGACUAUGCCGAGACUGUAGUGUUCCGUCGCGCCAAGUCGGAAGUGGCGGGCACGUUGAUUAGGCGUCCUGGGACCUGUUGUGCUCGAUACCUGCACAGCUGAAGAACUGGACGCUGCUCCAUCUAAAAACCCGAGGAUUUUGCUUUCACCUCAGCCAAGAGCCGCGCUAGCCAGUGGCGACCAUUUACCCCUGGAGCUGCGCGUUUGCAAGAGAGCUGAGACUUUAACACGCCAUACCACGCAUAGAGCAAAGCUCAUCGACAGGUCGGCUUGGGCAGCAGCCGCACGUUUCCUCCCCGUUGGCUGGGCGGCUUUGUAGCCCCAGUUAUUCGCUUCCAUGGCCAUCCUGGGCAGAGGCCGAGAACACGAUGUCCCCUCUUGGGGAGAAAAUUUUAAAAAAGAGGCGACGAAAAAAGACCAAAUGACAUGGACGGGGGCUCUCCGGAUUGUGUCUGUCCUUCCAUACCGCGGUGCUAGCAUUCCAGCUCGGACAGGGCACCAACAGCGCAGUUUUUGCCCGCCGCCUAAGCUGAAUUGCUGGAUCUGUACGAGCAGAAGCUCUCCGGAAUACUCCGUAUUAGCAUGCAUGCUUGUGUAUAUCGAGUGCGCCAUGCUCGCUGACUGCAAUCAGGCCUUGAAAGCUUUUCGGGAGGGUGCACCAGCGCCAUCACCGAAAGUCAAAUCUCUUGCGCCUAUGCAUGCACGUACGAAGGCUCCAGUUAAAUACCACCCCGUACGACGGUACAUGCCUGCGAUGCAUGUGCAUGCGCACCAAACUAACUAUGCACGCACAUCGCUGAUCAGGUCGUAACCCACAAGAUCAUGAACGCGUAGCUGGCGGGAGCAAAGGCUGUGUUGAUGCGGGCGAGUCUUCAGAGGGGAUUCUCUUCACGGAGCUCGACGUAGCACCAAGCCAUGAGCCGA